CAACCAGUUCAGCCAGCUUCAGCUGGCCAGUCGAGUUGUUUGCUUGGUCAGUAGGUGGAGAAGUAGAGAAGUAUGCGUUUCUUCAUAACUCCGGUUUAGUCGCGCGUUUAAUCAGUACCGCUUCAUAUAAAACAGCCCAGUUCUCCCCGUCGAGAGUUGAACUACCUACUUCUGCGAUGCCGCAUCCUGUCUGUAGGGGGCAGUAGAAGAGCUUAAUCUUUAAGCGAGCUGCCGGUUGGUCUUCCGAGAAGACGCUGUGUGGGCCUGAGCUGGUGAGCGCUGGUCUGGCCGCCCCUCUGGUCAGUGUUGUCGUUGGUGCUCGGCUCUCGGUCGAGCCGCGGUCGCCAGCUCGCUGACGGCAUGGAUACGUUUCUAAAGUACUCCGUGUAGACGCUGAACGGCCGGCGGUGCAGAUGGUUGAUGUAAACAGUGAGCUAGCUACGCUAAGCUAAGCUAAGCUAACGUCCUCCUCGGUCUGGGAAGGGAGAAGAGGUCAAGAUGAAGACGUUGGUUGUGUUCGACUUUGAUCACACGCUGGUGGACGAUAACAGCGAUACAUGGGUGGUCCGCUGCGCUCCAGAGCAGAGUUUGCCAGCCUGGCUGAAGGCCUCCUAUGAGAAAGGACACUGGACGGAGUACAUGGGUCGCGUUUUGUCUUACCUCAGAGACCAGUCCGUCUACCCGGACGCAAUCAGAUCGGUUCUGGAAACGAUUCCCUUCACAGACGGAAUGGUAGAGCUGCUGACUUUCAUUUCGCAGAACAAGCGCAAUAUAGACUGCAUUAUAGUGUCUGAUUCCAACACACUCUUUAUAGACUGGAUUUUAGAGGUGCGUGGAGUGAAGAGUGCCGUCGACAGUGUGUUUACAAAUCCUGCUAGCAUUGAGAAUGGUGGGUACAUAGGAGUUCAGUGCUUCCAUUCACACCAGUGUGAGAACUGUCCAGUUAACCUGUGCAAACAGAAAGUUUUGAGUGACUUUAGAGAAAGUCAGGCCAGCUCUGGUGUCCACUACCAGGCCGUAUGUUAUAUUGGAGAUGGAGGAAAUGAUUUUUGUCCCAUAAAGGUUUUGAAAGAGACGGAUCUAGUGAUGCCACGUAAAGGUUACACACUGGAAAAACUGCUGUCCAAGGCCAGGCAUGAAAAUAAAGCACUCAAGCCCCAAAUUGCGCCCUGGAGCAGUGGAAGUGAAAUUCAGCAGCAGUUGCUUGACCUCAUCCAGCAGUAAUCUGACCUUUUAAUUAUGUAAAGAUGGUGAUCUAUAACAGUUUAAAAGAGAUGUGACAUUUUAUAUAUAUAAUGUAGUGAUGGAGCUACACCAAUACCCUGUUGAACCAUAGCCAUUUUAUAGGGCCUUAUUUACAAAAUAUGAAGAAAAGGACUAGGAUUUUUAUUCAUAUAGUCAUGCCUUAUGCCACUUUCUGUAAACUUUAACAGUGGCGGUUUAUCGAUCUCCAUAUUUCGAGCUUUACAGAACGUUGGCAAACAUCUUGUUCAGCUGUAGCACAACAAGCUUUUUCCAGGAUUAAAAAACUUGAGUUAAUGAAGGAAAAUUAGAAAAACAAAUCAGAGUGCACUUUUUUUUCUUGUCAUGUGCUGUAACAUCAGCAUAGUGUUGAGGACGUGUUGUUUCUAACUAGCCUCAUUUUGGUUAGCUACAACAAAAGUGUCCAAAUCAGAAACGUAGCUACAGUAGCAUCAAUUGUCAACAUCGUGAAGACCUUGUCCUGGCGUGAAUGGCUCAGUUAAGCCAAUGAAAGGGUAAUAUAUGAAUUUGUUUUAUAAAACAGGCUGAAGUUUUAUUUCAUAGACACUUUUUACCUUGUUUACCCAACUAGCCUGGUUUGUUUGAGAAGACCUGCUUACCUGAUUUGGAAGCGGAUGUCAGUGGAAAGUGGUAACAGUAUUCCUAAUAGCUCUGUACUUCCUUCAGCUGAGUGACUUAUAACCACACUGUGGGUUCCUUUGAUCAACUGUUAUCAGCACUAAUUUGUACAGUGUUUAACAGUACUUAUGGGGCAUUUUGAUCAUAUAAUGUAAGAAUCUGUCAUUUUUAAGAAAACAUUGCUGUUUGUGUGUAUUGACUGAAGGUCAGUGAGUGGUAAUCUCAGGGAUAAAUCUAUUGAUGGACUCAGUGAACAAGUGUAAUGAUGCUCAUUAACAUGUGACGGCAUAAAUGAAGCCGUUGCAUUAAAAGUAGUUUGUGUUGUUCAGAGUCCAUUGUUGUGCUAACGUAACACCAUUGCACUCUUUGUCAUUAAAAUACUACACCUGAAUUAUA